AUGUGCCCGAUACGAUGUAAAGUACUUAACAUCGGUGAAACUGGAAGAACACCCGGUAUGCGCGUAACGGAACAAUUAGCUAGCGAGAGGUGUAGAAUCUUGAAGUCGCUACUCGUAAAGCUAAGCGAAGGCAUUGAAGAAUGGAUGAUGAUCGAAAUGCAGGGCACUAUUGAAAAUGGUGGAAAACCGCUCUCUGAUGAAGUCUUAACCACACAGCUUAGGCGAAAGACGCGGACUGUAGUUGACCAUAGGAAUCAUGUGUCCGUCUUGCAACCGUGCUCAACCACUUACAUAAUGAUUAGUAGUCUUUGUUGGCGUCGUGAGGACAAUGAGGCGUUACUCUUAGUUGGUCAUCAUCUACUAGAAGGAAAGAUCUCGGAACUCGAAAAACCAUUCCUUGUCGUCCGAACGACCCCUGGCCAGGAUCCC